UUGUUUUUAUCAAAGAAAAGGGUUGUCGGUCGUCCUUCGUUGUAAAUUAUAAUUUAUUCUGCAUUUCCAAGCAUCAAGUUGACAGUAAGCGUUAAGCGAUAAAAAGAAAAGCCAAAGCACUGUCAACCAUUUUUCUCAUCGAGUUACACAUAAUUUAACAACAGAUGGCAACUGCAGAGAAUUUAAAACAAGAUCUGCCACCGAAAGGUGGUUAUAGACCCAUUUCAUUUGCUCGUGUGUUCCCAAAGCCGUUUGCAAGCAAUAAAACACUGGUUGCUACAUACUUAGCUUGCACUGGAGUUGGAUGGUACUUGUAUCUAUUGAACGAUAAACAAAUCGACAAUUAUCAUAUAGAGUCUCGUAGUGCUUUAAUUGCUCUGACACCACUUUUGGACGCAGAAGCCGACAGAGAAUUUUUAAAACAACUAAGGAGAAACCGAGAAGCAGAAGAAAGAAUAAUGAAAGACGUAAAGGGUUGGAAAACUGGAACUCUUUAUGGCGAACCAGUGUAUAAGACAAUUGGUGAUAAGCUUAUUCCACCUGGUUUCAAUGAAUAUUAUAUGCACAGUCCCGAUGGUGCAUUGUUGGAUAGGGCUUACUGGCACAAGUAUUUAUAAUUAUGUGUUUGUUGAGCUGUUAUUUGGAUGGUAGUGACAAAAAAAUAUAUGAUAAUAAUUUUGUUUCAAUAUCAAGAAAGUUGCCUAAAAUUAUAUUAGAUAGAAAAUUAAAUAUAAGUGUUUCUUGAUUUGUACAUCUAAUAUUUUGAAUAGCAUCAAUUUUUAUAUAUUUUGAAUUGUAUUAUGCCGAUUUUGCAAACUAUGUUCUUUUUCUGUCUUAGUUAACGAGAAUAUGGUAUAAGACAACUUGGGAGGUACUCUUUUAAUGAGUUUCUUUACGUAAUACAAUAGUUUUAUCUGGUUUCAA